AGCACAUUUAUGAAACAUGGAGCUGAGGGAGAAGAGGCGCAGACUGAGAGCGCAGGUGACAGAGCGGCUGACUGCGGCUGCGGACGAGAUCUUUGCGCUGUUUGAAAGAACAAUAGCGGAGUAUGAGGAGGAACUGAGCCGCUCCAAAGAGGAGAACCAGAGGAAACAGCGGCUCCUGGACUCGGCUCUCUGCGCGCACACACACGCGCGCUCUGCAGGUGUUAAGAUUCAAGCAGAGAGUCCAGAAGAGGCACAACAUGAACAGAAACAUGAAUCUGCAGCGAUUAAAGAGGAACCGGAGGAACCGGAGGAACUGUGCUUCGUCCAACCAGUGAGUGUGAAGAACGAGGAGCUUCCACAAACUGAGCUCAAAGACGAGCCACAGGGAGAGCACAGCGGAGGAGCAGACGCAGACUUCACACAGGAACCAUUUCUACUCCAGGCCAUGGACCGCAGCAAAGUCUGGACCAAGCUCUGGGAACCUCCGGCACAGAUGGAGACGGAGGCCCCCGGAGAUCACUACACCCAAGACUACGACCGAGACUACACCCAAGACUACGCCCGAGACCACAGCCAGAGGAACGACACGAGUCCAACCGCACACAACCCCGGUCUGUACAGCAAAUACACGUGUGGAGCAAAUGUGGAGGGGGCCCUGGCACGGACUGGAGGAGGAGGAGGAGGUGGAGGAGGAGGAGGAGAGACUAGAGCUGCUGUCAGAGAGGGACAGAUAAACGACACAAGUCUAACAGCACACAACUCAGGAGGAGGAAAACGAGGAGGAAGAGGAGAGACCAGAGCCACUGCCUCCGAGGGACAAAUAAAAGACACGAGUCCAGCUGCUUUAAACUCAAAAUGCCCCUCGGAGAACGUUUUGUAUUUGGGCAGCGCUAAAGUCCACGUGUGUGUGUUUUGUGAAAAGAGAUUCUCCACCAAUCAGAGUUUACAGAUCCACAUUCGAGUGCACACGGGGGAGAAACCUUACAGCUGUCCAGUCUGCGGGAAGUGCUUCACACAGAAGGCUCACCUGAAGACGCACAUCAGGACGCACACCAAAGAGCGGCCUUACAGGUGUUCGAUCUGCUUCAAGUCUUUUAUGCAUAAAGUGUCUCUGAAUCUGCACAUGGAGAAGACGCACCCGGAGCAGGUGGGCUGAGGUGUGUG